AUGUUCUCGCUUCGCGCUACUCUUCUAGCUCCCCAUUUAGGAGCCUCAGUAACGCUGCACCGGGAAGCACGGGCUCUCCGCCCACCACGACGUCUUCAUUGCUUCUGCCCCACGCGCGCUGCCGUCUCCGCUGAGAAACCUUACACGGGACGGGAAUCUGGGCUCAAGACGCUUACAUCGUCUCAAGUGCAAGAUGUUCUGCCUCGCCUGUGCGCCGUAACUCUGCUUCUCGCGGCACUGGUGAUGACGCCGCUGGGGGAAGUAGCGGAAGCAGCUGAAGGCGGAGGUCGCGUUGGCGGCCAGGUAUUUCAGAGGACUCAGAAAGCCAAGGAUAAAAAACCAGAUGUUUCACGGACGGCUAAGUCGUCACCACCUCAAUUGAAGAGGUUCUUCUCAAUUUCAACUGUAAUGACUGCACCUUCCUUGCGCAUGUGA